AUGUCUGCUGAAAGUGAUUUUCUGUUGGAGGUCUUCUCCGAGAACGUGGUAGCAAAGGUGCUACGCGUAGCCACAGAAGCACUCAACAACAACAACCCACCAACCGUCUACCCAGAAUUCGUCCCCCAGCAUGAAGGCACCGGCCGGUACGUCCUCCGCGACGCAGACUUCUGGACCUGCGGCUUCUUCCCAGGGCUUCUCUAUCUGCUGCGCGAGCGCGCAGUCAAAUACCCCCAGGCCUUCAUGAACCGCAGCGCUUCAAGCAGAACUGCCUUCCUGGAUGAACUAACUCAGCUAUGCAAUAUCUGGACCAGCCCAAUCAGGGCCAUGACAACACGCACGGACACCCACGAUCUCGGGUUCAUGUUGCAGCCAUCGCUGCGUCGAGACUGGGAACUCACCGGCAACGCCUCAAGUCUUGACGGCAUAAUCACCGGCGCGCGCAGCCUCGCCUCCCGGUUCGUCCCCGGCGUUGGGGCAAUCCGCAGCUGGGACGCGUUGGUGCAGUCAGACGUCAAUAUCACAAGCUUGGAAGACGACUGCCUCGUUAUAGUGGACAGCAUGAUGAAUCUCGAUUUGCUGUAUUACGCCUCUCAUCAUGUUGCCGAGCCGGGGUUGGCGGAUAUAGCCACCAAACAUGCUCGUACGGUUAUACGGUCCCUUCUUCGACGGGAGAGUCGGGACGAAGUUGAGGGUCCACUAUACUCAACAUAUCACGUCGCAAACUUCGACCCGAGGACAGGCGGUAUAAAAGAGCACCGCACCGCACAGGGGUAUAGCAAGGACUCAACCUGGGUGCGUGGACAGGCGUGGGCCAUAACGGGGUUCGCACAAACGUAUACCUGGACGAAGGAGAGGGAGUUUCUUGCUGUUGCCUGCGGGUUGGCGGAGUACUUUAUCCUUCGGUUGGAGGGUUCGCCGGCGUGUGUGGAACGGCCGGCACCGACGGAGGAUGAUCCGCGUAGGACGGUUGGACGGUAUGUACCGCUUUGGGACUUUGAUGCGCCGGUUGAGGAUGAGAAUAGCCCGCUGAGGGAUUCGUCUGCUGGGGUUAUUGCGGCGAAUGGAAUGUUCGUUCUUUCGGCGGCUUUGGGUGCGGAUGGCCAGGGGGUUUUGGCGGAGAGGUAUAGGAGCAUUGCGGUUAGGAUUGUUGCUGAGACGAUUGAGUAUUCGCUGUCCAGAGAAAAGGCGAGGUUGGUAGGGCUGACAGUGGAAGAUGAACUCCCUGGGGAGCGGUUUGAUGCGAUAUUGAAGAACGCAACGGCCAACCACAAUUCCAAGGACCAUCACCGGUACAGCGACCAUGGACUGGUGUAUGCGGACUACUAUCUGCUGGAAUUCGGGAACAGGCUGUUGGGGAUGGGAUGGUAA